AUGGCGGCGGCUUUGGAUUCUCCCAAGUACGUGCCGUUGCCGAGCGGUGGUGGGAGGUCAAGGCCGGUGUCUGCGAGGAAGUUGGCAGCGACGCUGUGGGAGAUGAAUGAGGUUCCGUCGCCUAGGGUUGGGGACAAUUUGGAAGAGAAGAAAGCGGUCAAGAGAGAGAUGAGAGUUAGAGAGAGAAUGGGGGUACCGAGAUCGGUGCAUUCGGGUUCUCUACCUCCGCAUUUGUCUGAUCCAUCUCACAGUCCUAUUUCAGAGAGCAGAGCAGAGCAGUACUGUAUGCGUUGGGGUCUGCUACCCUCUACAAAAAAAUUACAGGAAUGUGCUUGGAAAAAGCUUUACAUCCAGAUUAGUUAUGUCCAAAUGCAGGCAGCAAAGAGAAGCCAAACACCUCUUCCUUCUCAGGUGAAUGAUGACCGGAUUAUUCUUGACAAGACUCUUACUGAUCAAGUGUCUAUAUGGAAAAGCAGCAGAGGCCUGACUGAUAAGGUGGUCUUGGACCAUGAUUGCUCUGGAGAAACAUGUACUUACUAUCAAAUUGGAGAUGUAUUUGUUUGUGAGAAGACUGGGUAGG